AUGGACAUGCCUUUCGAUGUUAGUGAACCUCAAGUUGAAGGACACGACGGCUUUGCCAGAUUCUACUGGAAACAUGACGAACAAUUGCAUCCUUUGAGAAGGAAAAAAGGAAAAGGUGAAGACGCACAUGCUCCCAUGGAAAGAACAAGAUAUGCAUAUGAAAAGUAUCGUGAAGUUAGAAGUCAAAUUACAUCUGGUCGAACCUUUACAGUAAACUUUGACGAAGGAAAGAACAAAGAAGGCUUCAUGGGAGUACUUGCUGCAAUUCAAGACGGAAAUAAGAAAGGACACAAUGUCAGAUUGACCAUAACAGAUUUGGAUGGUCACAUUUACUAUGCACAUGGCAAUGAACAAACAGCCGCAAAACUUCUUGACGCUUUCAAGACUACAAAGAGAGAACAAAUGGUUGACUCCGACUCAGACAUUUUGAAUGCAAUUGAAGGAAUUGCAAGUGUCAAGUUCGAAUGGUACCAACCUAACCCUCAAGCAGUCAGACAACAUGCUGGAUACUUCCCGUUCAUAAAUAAGUCUGACAUUGACUUGACAAGGUAUGGAAUUUACAAUUCAAUUGAAACAAUUGUCAAUGAACCUUGCAUUCUUACAUGUCUCAGGAACUCUGGUCUUGUUACAGAUGAGAAGAUGAAGUAUCUUGAGUCAUGUGUGAAGACAAGGUACAUUCUCAGAGGUCAAUUGGCAAAAAUUGCACCGUUGGCAAAUGUCAAUAUCCGAGUCAACAUACCUACAGCUAAAGGUUCUUCACAUGACGACUAUGUUGUUGACAAAGACUUACCAUGGUUGAAGAUUGUAAUUGUCCACAACCACUUCAUGUUGAACGAAAGUCUUACAAACCCAUUCUUUGGUAAAAGUAAGUGCAACAUUGUCAGAGCUGUAAACAUUCUUUUCGAGAAAGGUUUGUUGGAACCAAUUCCAGAUGACAAGCUGACAGAAACUU